AGUGACUCACUAGAACAAAUACAGGAGUGAUUUCACUCUACCAAUAUGAAGAAAAGUGCUCCUCUCUUUUCGUGUAUCAUCUUCCUGACUCUGACUGGAGUUCAAGGAAUCCCAGCAAUAAGGAAUGGACGCUGUUCCUGCAUCAACACCAGCCAAGGGAUGAUCCACCCAAAAUCCAUAAAGGACCUUAAACAAUUUGCUCCAAGCCCUACUUGUGAGAAAAUUGAAAUCAUCGCUACAAUGAAGAAUGGGGCUCAAGUCUGCCUAAACCCAGAUUUACCAGAAGUGAAAGAACUGAUUAAAGAGUGGGAGAAACAGGUCAACCAAAAGAAAAAGCAAAGGAAAGGGAAAAAAUAUAAAAAAACCAAGAAAGUUCCAAAAGUUAAAAGAUCUCAACGUCCUUCUCAAAAGAAGACUACAUGAGCUCCCACUUCAC